AUGUCCACAGCCAGGGAGCAGCCCAUCUUCAGCACGAGGGCACAUGUGUUCCAGAUCGACCCAGCCACCAAGCGCAACUGGAUCCCUGCGGGCAAGCACGCACUCACCGUCUCCUACUUCUAUGAUGCCACCCGCAACGUCUACCGAAUCAUCAGCAUUGGGGGUGCCAAGGCCAUUAUCAACAGUACUGUCACCCCCAACAUGACCUUUACCAAAACCUCCCAGAAGUUCGGACAGUGGGCAGACAGCCGUGCCAACACUGUCUACGGCCUUGGCUUCGCUUCUGAACAGCAUCUAACCCAGUUUGCUGAGAAGUUCCAGGAAGUGAAGGAAGCAGCGAGGCUGGCGAGGGAGAAAUCUCAGGAUGGCGGGGAGCUCACCAGCCCUGCCCUGGGGCUCUCCACUCACCAGGUGCCCCCGAGCCCCCUCAUCAGCACCAAUGGUCCCCCCAGCGAUGAGAAACUGUUCCGCAGCCAGAGCGCGGAGGCCCCUGGCCCCGCGGAGCGAGAGCGGCUCAAGAAGAUGCUGUCCGAGGGCUCCGUGGGCGAGGUGCAAUGGGAGGCCGAGUUCUUCGCGCUGCAGGACAGCAACAACAAGUUGGCGAGCGCCUUGAGGGAGGCCAACGCGGCCGCCGCCCAGUGGAGGCAGCAGCUGGAGGCACAGCGCGCGGAGGCUGAGCGGCUGCGGCAUCGGGUGGCUGAACUGGAGGCCCAGGCAGCCACAGAGCCGACCCCAGUCAGUGAGAAAGAGGGGCCAGGCCAGACGCUGGAACAGCUGGAGUCCUUAGUGCAAACCAAGGACCAGGAGAUCCAGACGCUCAAGAGCCAGGCUGGUGGGCCCCGCGAGGCCCCUGACGCCAUGGAUCAGGAGGAGACGCAACAGAAGGUGCAGGACCUGGAAACCCGCAACGUGGAGUUGGAGCACCAGCUGCGGGUGACGGAGCGCAGCCUGGAGGAGGCGCGGGCUGAGCGGGAGCGGGCGAGGGCCGAGGUGGGCCGGGCUGCGCAGCUGCUGGACGUCAGGCUGUUCGAGCUGAGUGAGCUGCGGGAGGGCCUGGCCCGCCUGGCCGAGGGUGCGCCCUGA